CGUCCCCGGUUCCAUCCCCUGCUCGGUCCCCUGCUCCGUCUCGCAGCGCGCCCAGGCACCAGGAUGGCUGUUCUCUCCAAGGAGUAUGGCUACGUCAUGCUGACUGGGGCUGCCAGCUUUGUCCUGGUCAUGCACCUCGCUGUGAAGGUGGGCAAGGCCCGCAAGAAGUACAAAGUGGAGUAUCCAACCAUGUACAGCGCAGACCCUGAUAAUGGGCAUAUCUUCAACUGCAUCCAGCGCGCACACCAGAACACAUUGGAAGCUUAUCCCGCCUUCCUGUUCUUUUUAGCCACUGGUGGAAUCUACCACCCGCGGGUUGCCACAGGGCUUGGUAUCACCUGGAUCAUCGGGAGAAUCCUUUAUGCCUAUGGCUACUACACAGGAGAUCCCAAAAACCGAAGAAGAGGGGCCAUUGGCUCAGUGGCACUCCUUGGGCUACUGGGCACAGGAGUGUAUUCAGCCUGCCAGCACCUGGGCUGGGUCUGUCAAGGGGAAGGCUGCCCAAGAAGCUAAAGGGAGUUUUAUUCUGUUUUCUUCUAGAACACUUAAUUUCCUGUAAAUUUUUUCUUGUCUCAUUCAAUAAAAUGAAGUUUCAAUUCUGUAUUUUCA